CAUCUCAUCACAAACGUGUCCAUUUGUCAUCCUGCAACAUGAAGGGGCUUCUUGCCUUUGCUGUAAUUAUUGCAGCCGUUCAUUGCCAGAAGCUGUUUCUUGGAAAUCAAGUCUUAAGGAUCAAAGUUGAUGAUGAUGAACAUCUUAACAUUCUGAAAUCUUUGGAAAACCAGCAACAUUUGGAGCUAGAUUUUUGGGUCCCACCAUCAAAGACUGGACUCUCUGUGGAUGUUCGAGUUCCACCAGCCUCUCUGCAAGUUAUCAAGCAUUCUCUGGAGGCCAAUAACAUGCAAUACUCUGUUAUGAUAGAGGAUGUUCAGGCAAUCCUUGAUGAAGAGCAGGAGCAGAUGAAGGAAAAUAGAAGAUUGGAACGCAGUGCAAAAAGCUUUAACUUAGGCGCCUACCACACAUUAGACACGAUUUACAAUUGGAUGGACACCUUGAAAGCACAGUAUCCCAAUCUGGUGUCUAAAAUCCAGAUUGGUUGGACAUAUGAACAUAGGGAAAUGUAUGUUCUUAAGUUUAGCACAGGAGGACUGAACAGACCUGCUAUCUGGAUUGAUUCAGGCAUUCAUGCAAGAGAAUGGGUGUCAACAGCUACUGCAAUCUGGACAGCAAACAAGAUUGCCACUUUAUAUGGUAAUGAUGCAUCCUUGACAACUCUGCUGAACAGAAUGGACAUCUUCCUGCUGAUUACAGCAAACCCAGACGGUUAUGUAUUUACUCACACAAGUAACCGCAUGUGGCGCAAGACCCGUUCCAGAAACUCAGCCAGCAGCUGCAUUGGAGUAGAUCCAAACAGAAACUGGGAUGCUGGAUUUGCUGGUCCUGGUGCAAGUACAAAUCCAUGCUCUGAUUCCUACCAUGGCCCCUAUGCUCAUUCAGAAGUUGAAGUGAAGAACAUUGUGGAUUUUGUCAAAAGCCAUGGCAACAUAAAGUCUUUCAUCAGCAUUCACAGUUAUUCUCAACUCCUCUUAUAUCCUUAUGGAUACAAGUGCACCAACACCAAAGACUACAAAGAGCUGGAUAGUAUUGGUAAAUCUGCAGCAAGUGCUUUGCAGUCGCUCUAUGGAACUAAAUACCAAGUUGGCUCUAUCUGUGCUGCUAUAUACCAGGCAAGUGGAGGCAGUAUUGACUGGACAUAUGACAAUGGAAUCAAAUACUCAUUUGCAUUUGAACUGCGAGAUACAGGGCGGUAUGGCUUCCUUCUACCUGCCAAUCAGAUCAUUCCAACUGCUGAAGAGACCUGGCUGGGCCUUAAGAGCAUCAUGGAGUAUGUUUAUGAUCACCCUUAUUGAAAAUCUAUGGUAGUUCACCGUGACUGCAGAAUCCUAAUUGAUGUGGUUUUGCUAGAGUAACAUUUGGAAAGUGCAUUGGAAAAUAAACUUCAAACAAUCUCGUUCUA